AUGCCGUCCAGGAGCUCCCUCCUCCCGCUCCUGCUCCUGCUCCUGCUCCUCUGCACCGCCGCCGCCGCCGCGUCCUCCUCCACGCCCUCGCGCACUGCUGAGCUGGACGCGCUGAUGGAGCUGAAGGCGGCGCUAGACCCGGCGGGGCGGGCGCUGGCCUCGUGGGCGCGCGGCGGCGACCCCUGCGGCCGCGGGGACUACUUCGAGGGCGUGACCUGCGACGCCCGCGGCAGGGUCGCCACCAUAUCGCUCCAGGGGAAGGGGCUCGCCGGCACCGUCCCGCCCGCCGUCGCCAUGCUCCCGGCUCUCACCGGCCUCUACCUGCACUACAACGACCUGGGAGGGGAGAUACCGCGCGAGCUCGGCGGCCUUCCUGGCCUCGCCGAGCUCUACCUCGGCGUCAACAACCUGUCCGGGACCAUUCCCGUCGAGCUCGGCCGACUCGGUAGCCUCCAAGUACUGCAGCUCGGCUACAACCAGCUCUCAGGGAGCAUUCCAACUCAGCUGGGUCAACUAAAUAAGCUCACUGUUCUUGCCCUUCAGUCCAACCAGCUCACUGGCGCAAUUCCGGCUUCCCUCGGGGACUUGCCGGCACUGACUCGGCUGGACUUGAGCUCCAAUCAACUCUUCGGCUCAAUCCCCGCCAAGCUUGCUGAGAUCCCUCAUCUUGCAACGCUAGACCUCCGGAACAACACGCUUUCAGGAAGUGUUCCCUCUGGUCUCAAGAAGUUGAAUGAGGGGUUUCUGUAUGAUAACAAUUCAGAGCUAUGCGGAGCUCAAUUUGGUUCUCUGAAAGCUUGUCCUAACGAUGGCAAUGACGAUGGCAGAAUGCCCCGUAAACCUGAAUCAACCUCUGUCAAGCCCCAACAAAUUCAAAAGACAAUCGACCUCAACAGGAAUUGCGACAAUGGAGGUUGCUCAAAACCUUCGACGCUUUCCACAGGGGCUGUUAUUGCUGGAACAGUCAUCAUUGUAGCUGGAGCAGUAGCCUGUGGCCUGUCUGUGUUCUCAUGGCACCGUCGCCAGAAGCAGAAGGUUGGCAGUUCUGUUGAGCAUUUGGAAGGCCGGCCUAGCCUGGACCAGUCAAAGGAAACAUAUCAGAGAAGUGCGUCCUCACUGAUCAAUGUUGAGUACUCCAGUGGCUGGGACACUUCAUCUGAGGGGUCACAGCAUGGAGUGAGGCUGUCAUCAGAGGGCUCCCCAAGCGUGAGGUUCAAUCUCGAAGAGGUAGAGUGCGCCACACAGUACUUCUCGGACGUGAACUUGCUCGGCAAGAGCAAUUUCUCCGCGACGUACAAGGGGAUCAUGCGCGACGGCUCGGCUGUUGCAGUCAAGAGCAUCAACAAGAGCAGCUGCAAGUCGGAGGAGGCCGACUUCUUGAAAGGCCUUCGUAUGCUGACAUCGCUGCGGCAUGAGAACCUUGUUCGGCCUGAGGGGCUUCUGCCGGAAGGCGAUGCAGAUGCUGCUGUCCUCGACUGGCCUACACGGGUCUCCAUCAUCAAAGGCAUUGCCAAGGGCAUCGAGUACCUCCACAGCAGCAAGCCAAACAAGCCCUCGCUUCUGCACCAGAGCAUCUCGUCAGACAAGGUCCUGAUCGACCACCUCUACACGCCACGCCUCUCGGGGGCCGGCCUGCACAAGCUGCUGGCCGACGACGUGGUGUUCUCGACGCUCAAGGACAGCGCGGCGAUGGGGUACCUGGCGCCGGAGUACACGACGACGGGGCGGUUCACGGACAAGAGCGACGUGUACGCGUUCGGCGUGGUGGUGCUGCAGGUGCUGUCCGGGCGACGCGCCGUGUCACCGCACCUCCGGCAGGGCGGUGGCGGCGCGGCAGUGGCGGUGGAUUCGUCGUCCGCCUGCGGCGGCGGCGGGCGGCUGGACGACCUCGUGGACCCGCGCCUGUGCGGGCGGUUCUCGCGGCCCGAGGCUGCCAAGCUCGCCGGCGUCGCGCUGCUGUGCACCGCCGAGGCGCCCGCGCAGCGCCCCGCAAUGGCCGCCGUGCUGCAGCAGCUCGGCACCAGCCAGUGA